AUGGCUAAACGUCCUUUCAGCGCCAUUGAGGGUCUCGGCGAUGACAAAUGCGAACUCGCAGGAUAUCAGUCAACUUCCACAGCCUCCACAACACACUCUAUACACACAAGGCUCAAGUCCGGUAGAUCUCAAGAAUCUGUCACGACCGUUGCCAUGGGGUAUAAGUACAAGCCGCUGCACCAACAGGGCCACGAGAUCAGAGUGUUAUAUCUGCAGCCCGGCAUUCUCGCAGAGCCUCUCCAAGUGCGUCUCCAGGCUGUGUCUAAUGACCACGGAAUCGAAUACGAGGCUUUGUCUUAUACAUGGGGCGCCUCACUGUCCAAACGGACCAUCACUGUCAACGGCGCUGACGGCUUCCGACUCCGCGGGACCGAGGAAGAAAGAGUACCGCGGGUUGACGCUAUUUGUAUCAACCAGCAUGACAAACUGGAAAGCGCAUCCCAGGUGGCGUUCAUAGGUGCAAUUUAUCGGUCCGCCGCCAGAGUGCUGGUAUGGCUUGGUGAAGCGGAAGCUAUAGGCCAAGAGGAGGAGCAGCAUGAUGCCAAGACUGACGAUCCCAACGAGAAUCGGCUCAAACUGGCGCUGAGAGACGCGCUGGAAGUGACGAGGCCCUGCUGGUGGGAGCGUGUGUGGACUGUGCAGGAGUAUGAGGCUGCCGUGAAGCCACCUACCUUUCAUUUCGGCCCUUACGAGGUCGAUCCCAAGAGGUUGCAAGAAUUAUUGUUCAAGGACGACGCACAGUCCCCGGAUGAGCAGGUAUUCAGACUAGCGCUUCGUGAUCGUGAGAGGCUAAACAGGACCGGGAAGCAGCGCCGGAAAUCUAGGAAUCCGCAUGAUCAGCGUCAUAGCCUACUAAGCGUUUAUCAGCAUACUUGGGCGGCCACGGCCACGGACCCACGCGAUGCUGUGUACGGCAUUCUGGGCAUCGCAGGCCAGAGGUUCAGCGAGGGCAUAGAUGUCGAUUACACUAGGGAUGUCGACGAUGUCAUGCAGCAAGCCACACGAGCCGCGAUUGCCAGCGACGGCUGCUUCUCAAUCCUGAGUCUAGUCCCUCUCAACUCGAAAUCAGUGUCUGGCCGAGAUCGUCCUUCGUGGAUGGUGCCGUUCCACGAUCUUCCAUGGCGUGCGGACAUGCUCAACCACCAUUCGCGUAUGGGGGUUCGUACUGAGCUAUUCCCACACCUGGGAGUGGACACAGGCCUUCAGGAUCUUCUCUGUGACUGCAAAGACGAUCUGCAACCGUCUGUGGCGGGUUUUGGUACAAACGAUGGUUCCGGCCUGCUACAUGUUCAAACACGUAUGGUCGGCCGCGUCAGCAGCGUUACGGCUCUCGAUUUCCGCAGGUUCCAGGCCACGUACCCUAGAGGCCGUGCAACGAGUCCAACGAUGCCUGCGAGCGGCGUGGCAUCGUUGAGAGAACUGUUGAAGCAGCGGUUGGCAGCUUUCGAGCAGACUGCCGCUGUGUCCAUUGACCGUCCAGGAAAUACCACUAGAAUCGCUGCAAGUAUCGCAUAUGUUGUGCGCCGGCACACAGCGACUAUAGCGCGAUUCAAAGACUCUCCUCGGCUACGGCAUCUUGUGCUCGUGAAGGCCAUCAGGGAUCUCUUCAAGAGCUAUAUGCCGCAGAGACGACCCACCAGGAUUCAGCGAAUUAGUCAUCCAGCCGCUGGCAAUACGGACGCUGAGGAUGUGCAAUACUUCUCACCUCAGACCUGGUGGGACUACGCUGAGACUAGGUCCGACUCCCCAACGCUAUUCAUGACCCGGGAAGCCUCCCUUGGUCUAGGUUGCAGCACGCUACAGGCCGGCGACUAUCUAGUCAUGCUUCCGUCGACGAAGGCGCCGGCCAUCUUACGCCGGCGAACUGCAAGUCCAGAGACUGGUGUCUUCGCUGGAGACGGCCAUGGAGCAGGAAACCCGAAGGAUGUUUAUUACGAUUUCCAAGGCUUCGCCUACGUACCCGAGAUUGUCGAACUUUUUGAAGGUAGAGAGAAGUCUCUACCAGGGAACAUCAUUCUGUGCUGA